AAAGAAGUCAGUAGACUAGAAAACCUCCGAAGAUUCUCCGGCGAAACCUCCUCCGCCUCCGGACUCCCGUGGAUUCCAGUUUAGCGAUAUAUCUUUUGCAACGAGACAAAGUUUGUCUUUAAAGCUUUAGACUUUAGAGUAUCUGUCAGAAAGAACGAUCAUAUCGAUUUAGGGUUCUUCUGUUACUUUCGAGUGUCAUGGAGAAGCAGGAAUCGGAGGAGCCGAUGCAGAAGAAGCCUCAUCUUUUGGAUUCCGUUUCUCCGACUGCCAUGGCCCGUAAUUCUUCACCUUCUCAUCCCGUCGCUAAAAGUGCUGAUGCCACCGUUCUUCAGCUCCAGAAUCAGAGACUUGUCCACCAAUUAGACCUGCAGAAGAAACACCUCCACGAUGUUGAAGCCAAGAUCGAAGAGUUGCAAAUCAACCAAACAGCUUACGAUGACGAACUUAUCUCUGUUAACCGGCUUUGGAACCAGUUGGUAGAUGAUCUGGUCGUGCUUGGAGUUCGUGCUGGGGCUAACCAAGAGGCUCUCAAAUACUUGGACAAUGUAGAUACGAAGCGAGGCUCAGUUCCGCCAUGCGCUGCUGAUGAAACGUUUCUAUGUAGACUUCUGCAAGUAGAUUCCAUAGAUACUAGAGAUAGUGACGAGGUAGUAAGAAAGGUUGAAGAAGCUCUUUCUCUGCGCCAUUCCUCUACAAUGGAGUUGAUGGGAGUCUUUGAAAAUACCGUUGCUACACAGAGGGCGAAAGCUGAAAGCAUAUCACAAAACUUACAUGCUGUGAAAUCGGCAGAAGAUGCCACCAUUCAGUUGUCUAACAUUACCGAUUUAAUGAAAGAGGAGGCCAAAAACUUGCGUGAGAUCAUUGAUGCUUUACAUGUGAGGCACAAAGAACGUACAGAGCAGAUUCAGGCGUACAUAAGCAGCCAUUCAACAGAUCAAUCCCAGCUUAAACACCUCAAAGGGGAACUGGAAGAGAUCAAGGCCGAGCUUGAAGAAAAUAGAAGAAAAUUGAUAAACCUGAAAAUGCAGAAGGAUGCUGCAUGUGAAGGUCAUGUGACGUCACCAGCAAAAGCUAAUGGAAGCCUUUCUCCUGAGAAGCCUGUAGAUAAAACGAAGUUACGUGAAUUGAAGGACUCAAUCGAUGAAAUAAAGAUAGUGGCAGAAGGUCGUCUGUCAGAGCUUCAAGCUGCACAAGAGUAUAAUCUUUCCCUGUCAAGACAAUGUGAAGAUAUUGAGAAUGAACUAAAGGAUGACCAGUAUAUAUACUCGUCUAGACUGUAUAAUUUGAUCAAUGAUCAACUUCAUCACUGGAAUGCUGAGCUCGACCGGUACAAGAUUUUGACUGAGGCCGUACAGGCUGAGAGGUCCUUUGUCAUGAGACGGGAGAAGGAACUAAGUUUAAGGGCAGAAUCCCUGGAUGCAGCUAACCAGAAGAUGACCACGGUUGGUUCUAGAAUCGAAGAAUUGGAACGGAAGUUGCAGAGUUGUAUAGUUGAAAAGAAUGCAUUGGAGCUUGAAACAGAAGAAGCUAUUCAAGACUCUGGUGAUGUUCACUCCAUUUCAGUACUCAUUGCUUCUGUAACGUUUUAUAUUCCUGCUCUUAAAAAAUAUUUCCAUGUUCCAGAGCGGCAAGAUAUUAAAAAGGAGUUUAUUGCAAUGGCAUCAACCUUAUCCAAAGAGAUGGAAAUGAUGGAAGCGCAGUUGAAACGUUGGAAGGACACUGCACAUGAUGCUCUUUACCUGCGUGAACAAGCUCAGUCACUGAGAGUUUCGUUAAGUAACAAGGCAGGCGAACAGAAGGGUUUAGAGGAUAAAUGUGCUGAACAGAUGGCGGAAAUUAAAUCUCUCAAGGCCCUAAUUGAGAAACUGCUGAAAGAAAAAUUAGAGCUGCAAAAUCUAGCGAGCAUAUGUACUCGUGAGUGUAAUGAUGAAAGAGGAUUGGCAGAAAUCAAGGAAUCACAACGGAAAGCUCAUGCUCAGGCUGAAGAGCUGAAAAACGUUUUAGAUGAACACUUUCUUGAAUUGAGAGUGAAAGCGGCUAAUGAGACUGAAACUGCUUGCCAAGAGCGGCUUGCUACCGCAAAGGCCGAAAUUGCUGAACUGAGGACUCAGUUAGAUAGUUCUGAAAGGGAGGUUUUGGAACUUAAGGAAGGUAUUAAAGUUAAAGAGCAGGAGGCAGAGGCAUUGAUUGCUGAAAUGGAGACUGUCGGUCAAGCCUAUGAAGACAUGCAAACACAAAACCAACAUUUGUUGCAGCAGGUGGCUGAGCGGGAUGAUUAUAAUAUCAAGCUUGUUUCCGAGAGCGUCAAGACCAAGAAUGCUUACAACACUCACUUAUCUGAGAAGCAAGCAAUGGAAAAGCAGCUCCAACAAGUUAAUGCAUCAGUAGAGACUCUAAAAGCAAGGAUUGCACAUAGUGAGGAACAGAUGAAAGGCUGUUUCUCAGAAGCUUAUAAACUGAUUCAAGAAGAUCGCCACCUCGCUCUCAGUCUAGAAACCACCAAGUGGGAAUUAGGUGAUGCUGAAAAGGAAUUCAGGUGGAUCAAGUCGGCUGUUUCUUCAUCCGAGAAGGAAUAUGAACUGAUCAGCAGGAGGACAAGCGACAUCAAACUGGAAUUGGAUGAUGAAAGGAGUGAGAAGAAGAAGCUUGAGGAAGAGCUGAUGGAGUUGAACAAGGAGCUUGAAGAGUUAAGUUCUGAGAGUGUAGAAGCUGCAAUAUUGAGACUCCAGGAAGAGGUUAAGAAUUGCAAAAACAUCCUCAAGUGUGGCGUGUGUUUCGAUCGGCCCAAAGAGGUGGUAAUUGUGAAAUGUUAUCACCUCUUCUGCAAGCAAUGCAUCCAACGAAGCUUAGAGAUCAGACACCGGAAAUGUCCAGGCUGUGGCACGGCCUUUGGCCAGAGCGACGUCCGGGUUGUGAAAAUGUAAAACAGUAAAACACAGAGAGAGAGAGAGAGAGAGAGAGAGAGAGACGUGGUGUUUAGUACAGAACACACACUUAACUACUUAAGCUCCACAAUCUCAUCUUUCUUCCCACUCUUUCAAUAAUAUUGUAUCGGGAAUGGUGGCCUGUACUCUGCACUGUUAGUUAGAGACAUAAGCCACCAAAUCUCUGUUUUUCCAGCUAAGUCGGUGAUGAGAAAUUAGGUGGCAUCUUUAUGGAGAAAGUGUAGGUUUUAAGUAGUCGACACUAUUGUUUUGUGUUCCCUCCAUUUAUGCCUUAGGUUUUAUGACAUGCGGGGACCGACAAAGACAUCUCAAAUAGGACAAAGAUAAGAGAGAUUAAUUGCAUUGCAUCUCUGCGAUUAGUUGUGGAAUUGCUUGAUUCCCAACUUUAGGUUGUGUUUGUGGUACAUAUCUUUUUGUUUAUGUAUUUUUUUUUUCUUCCAAAAAUUCGAUAAAGAGUCAUGUGAAGAUCUUGAUCAAUAAUGGGUGCAUUCUAUAUUGUAAUGAAAGUUUUCCACAAAAUGAAA